GCUCUCGAGAGCAUUUAAAACACUAAGUGGCGGCACUUCUACGUCAAAUGAACAAGUAAAUAUUUGUAUACAUAAGCCGACAAGUUGGCAUGCAUGGAAACGUCAUGUAAACAUAAAAGUUCGCCAAAUUGAAAUCUAUUAUAAAUGUUCAAACUUUUUUUUUUAUUUUUAUAUUUCCAUAAAAUUUUUGCAGUAAAAGUUGACAGACAUUGAAAAAGCAACCCAAAAAGUAACGUAUACGGAAAGUCAGAAUUACAAAACAAGCCUUUCUAUGUUAUCUGAGGGCGUUCGGCAUGUCUUGUCGUUUGAACUUCGGCAAGGCACGGGAAAUGCUGCUCCCUUAAGGCCGCGAAAUGUGUGUGUUAAAUUGAAAUCGUCGAUACAAGUACACAUAUUUGCACACAAGAACUAAGUAGAUAUGACAGUUAGUGGCGCAGCGACGUCAAUGUCAGCGUUAACAGGGCUAAACAUCGUUUGCAGCGACAGUCGGCAGCAGUUGAUGGCAGUGGUAGCAGAGCGAAAAGCACCAACGAGUCGUUUUUAGUAUCAGUUGUGUGUUUGGAUUGCUCGCGUAUACGUAGGACUGUCUUUCGGCAACUGCGGUUCGGUAUCUAUUUAAUUUAUUCACAAGUGUAAAUUGCUGCGGCUGGUAAACGUUGCUGGCAACGAAACACACACACAUGUAGAGUUGUGAUCGUAGUAGAAGAUGCCAACACUGUGAUUACUAAUAUGAGCGAUUGUACUUGAAUUAUGUUUUGAAUAUAUUAAUAUUUUGAAGGAAACAAAAAGGAAAAAGCUUCAACUGCAAAUCUUGUAAAUACAACAAAAACAAUAACAACUCGUUUGUAGUAUAUAUGUAAGUACUAUGUAAAAAUCAAGACCGCCGCAAACCGCCGAAACAAUAAGUUAACAAGAUAACAAAAACAAAAAAAUACAAAUACAAAUCUGCACUUAUACCAAACAACAAUAACAAAACAGCUAGAAAAGGAGCAAGCGAGCAACAACAAUUGUCCAAUCAACUCGUAUCCAAAUUGUUACCGUAACGGCUAGACAAAGAAUGGGGUCAAAGCUGCGGUAGCACACCAAGCCAAGCCAUAGCCAAGCGAACUAACGAACUAAUUAACCAAUCAAACAAAGACAAACCACACUGCAGUCAAUAAAUGCAUGAGAAUUUUAACACCAACAACUGUAAUAACAAAAACAAAAAAAGAACAUGCACAUGAAAAAGUUUAAAAAGUGGAAUUGAAUUUAAUGGAAUUAUCACGCGUGACUAUGCGUUUACAUAGAAGCCAAAGCGAUUCCCUCUUAUUUUACGCUUUGCCACACAAAACUAUUUGCUACUCAUUUUGACUUAAUUACCAAGUACAACUAUCUCAAAAAUUAGCCAACGCCAUAGCUUGCGAAGAAUUAGCGAUUUUGAAACAAGUUGAGAAGAACAAGCGUUUUCUUGUUGUAAGUCUCUACAAACGCAAUCACAAACGCCAUCACUGUUUUUUUCGCCUCUGCUAGCUUCCCAAUACUAUAUAGAUACUACGUUAUUCGUGGAACAUCUCGUAUUUCAACUGAACGAAAGUGAAAAAGGAAUCCAAAAAAAUACACCAGAAUAAUACAAAAGUUACAGGAAAUAACAAGUUACAGACGAUAAUUCAAAAUGGCUUCGCCACCGGAAAGCCCCAUUGAGGAGGUUGUCUUCGAAUUGGAACACACUCGAGUGCCUAAGCCGAUUAAUGUAACAAUCGAAGAUUUGUAUCGUGAGACGAAAUUCUCAAAACAAGAAAUACGAAUUAUGUAUCGAGGAUUUAAAACGGAAUGUCCCGAAGGUGUUGUCCAUGAGGAAUGUUUCAAGGAAAUUUACGCCAAAUUCUUUCCACAUGGCAAUUCCAGUUUAUAUGCUCACCAUGUGUUCCGGACUUUCGAUAUAAACAGUACUGGUUCCGUGAACUUUCGGGACUUUCUCAAUAUUCUUUCAACACUGUUGCGCGGUACAGUUUACGACAAAGUCAAGUGGACCUUUAAAUUGUACGAUGUAAAUGGCGAUGGCCGGAUAACACGUGGCGAAAUGAGCGAUUUAUUUCAUUCCAUACACGAGCUAAUGGGUCGACGGCCGCAUCAGCCGGAGGAGGACCGAAAAGCCAAAGAACAGUUGGAACGCACCUUCCGUUCAUUUGAUCCGCACAAUGUCGGCUAUAUUAAUUUCGAGAUGUGGAUGAAGGGUUUGCUGACCAAUCGAACCAUUGUGAACUCAUUCCAUGUAUUUCACUCGGAUCCCUGAUGGUCGGAGAGUGACUUCGAGAGCAUUUUGAAUAAUCAAGAAGUUAUAUCGCUGAUAGAUCUUUGAGAUAGCAAGAACAAUAACGGCAGGAACACACGCAAAGCCAGCGCAAGUCCACAGACGAGUAAACCGUUAGACAAAAAUAAAAAGACGUAAAAUUGCGAGCAGAAGUUCCAGUUUGUAGAAAAUGAAAUUCGUUUUAGCGAAAAGAAAGUCGAUGAAAAGGCGUAAAAUCAGGUGUAUUUGUAUGCGUGUAGUAUAUAUAUACAUAUAUAAAUGUUUAACAGUUAGUAAGCUUCAGAUUGCGAAUAUUCUGUAUAGUUUCAUUGAAGAGAGGGUAUUGUAAAAAGAAAUGCUAAAAGAAUUGUCACAACUGAGUCGUACACAAACUGAAAAUAGCCUUAAAAUAUCCCAUGGAGCUAUUUAAAGCUCCAAUUAGUCAUAUUACAUACAACAAAAGUACGUGUUGCCAGAAUUGACAUUUGACACUGUCAGACGUAAUGCUUUAAAAUUUUAUUUUUAUUAUAAAUGCUUCAGUAUUUCAUAAUUACCUGCACAACUUUUCUGCAUUGCCCUAAACUACAUGCUUUUUUAGUUUAUGAGUGAACUGAGACCCAUUUUCACUUUCACAAAUGUCAGUGGAUUAAACGUAUUAAAAACAGCUCUUUAAGAUUUAGAAAUUCGGAGUUCCUUCAAUGAACAAAAAAAAAAAGUUUUUCAACUAUAAGAGCCAGAAGAUUUUUAUGUUAAUUAAAUAGAUGUCAGCUGUCCAAUGUCAAAGCUAGAUUGAACAGAGUCAAGCAAUAAUAAAGUUAAACAUGUUUAAGCAGAUAAAAUUGAAAUUCAGUAAAUUUAGUAAAAAAAAGUGUAAUACCAAAUUGCCGAGAAUGAAUUACUUUACUAUUUAGUAAUAACGGUAUGCAAUUGCAUACAUAGAUACCAUACAUUUAUUAGUACGAAAACGUUGGCAGUUGUAGUGUGGCCAGAAUGGAUGCAAAACAAUAAAAGCCAACGAAUAAGUAUGCUAACUGAAAAUUACAAAUUAGUGACUGGAAAAUGUUAGCGAAGAGCGAUUGACACACAAAACCCAAACAAAAAUCGUAAUAAUAAUAAUAACAAUAAUAUUAGUAAAUUUUAUUUAAUAAAUAAAUAUAAAAUAAAUUUAAUAAAUAAUUUGAAAAUUCUAAACUAAUUUAAGUACUUUCCAUUGUGAUUGAUUCUGCCGGCAGUGGAGUUUUGAAAUUCGUGGACGCUAAACUUGAAUUGCUAGUCCAGGAAUGCUUUCGUGCACUAUUAAUAUGUUUUUUAAAGCUGUGUGAAAUUUUUUUUAAAGUUAACAGGAUUGGGUAGAAAGACAAGGCGGAAGGCAAAAUUGAAACAUGCAUAUAUUUAAGGUUAGUUUCUGUAAUAUUUGUAAAUUUGACAAUAAGUUGAGUCAAGCACAGGGUGAAUUUUUGAAAGAAAAGCAGGAAAAAUAAAAAGCAAAAAUAAUACAAGAUGGGUAUAACAUUAAUGUGCUUUUUAUAGAACUUGUCAAAUGUUUUUUAUAAAAAAUUGGUUCCUUUUAUAAUAUCGUAUGUGUAUGUAGUUAUUUUUAUUUUAUUUAAAGCAAUUAUAUUACCUACUUACGUCAUAAAAAGUUAUUUUAGAGAGCAAUAUGAAGUAUAUAAUUUAGUUUUGAAUUGCACGGUUAUCGAGAGCAGACUGUACUUUGUAAAUUUCACGUAAAAAUCAAUUAUUUUCAUUUUUCAAUUUCAAUCAAUUAUUUCAAUUUUUUUUUUGCUAUUUCGAAAUAAUAAAUUUUCAUAAGAAAUGUGAAUUUUUUAUUUUAAAAAUCUCUUCAAGCAAAAUAAUUUCAUAAAUUUCCCUGCGGGCAUGUACGGUUUCGUCAUAUUCUCUGUGCAAUGUAUAUUAAAACAAAUAUGUACUAUUAAAGUAAUGUCAUGAAAAACGAAAACACUGUACUACAUAUAACAUAUACAUACAUACAAACAUAUAUUUAUAUUGCAUAAGUUUCAGCAAAAUACCUACAUACAUAUAACUGAAAUACCAAGAACAUCUGCCAAACUAAAAAUAAUUCUGUAAAUGUGGUGAAUAUGUGUCGUAACAAAAGUUGUUAUUACUUUACUGUUAUUACGUAUUUCCGGUCAAUUAAACCAACACCGAAACAUAUGAAUGACAAUUGAAAAUGUAAUUUCAAAGGCAAUUUACUACUAAGAUUUCAUUUAAGUACACAUAUACAUACAUACGUAAACAAAAAACGGAAACACACAUACACACAUACAAAACUGUUGAAACAGAAACAAAUAUCACAAACUAUACUAUGACUGUAGAACUGAAACUGUACUAAAAAUAAUUUCAACACAGCGGACACUUGAAAUAUUGUACUAUAAAUAGUGAAUAAAUCCGAAAAAAGAGAAAAAAAAUCGUAAGCAUGAAUUGCAAUAAAAAAACAUAGUUAAUAACACAAAAGGAAAAAUAUUGAAAACAAAAAAAGUAACACAAAAAUGAAUUUCGUGCACCGAUAGCCCAGCGCCAAUAGAAUAAAUAACAAACAAAAAUGAAUUUGAACGUAAAAUGCAGCUUAUAGAGUGUUCUUAUUGUAAAAAAACAAAAAAAAAUAUUAAGUAAAAAAUAAUAAUAAAAGAGUAAUCAACACCAAGAACUAAGAAUAUAUUAAAACAAAUUUUAUAAAAAGAUACAAGAACUUAAAGUGUAUUUGUGUAAAUUUUUAAAUUUAAUUACUUUAUUCAUAUUUUAUUUCUCACUUCUGUACAUGGAGCCAAAUUCCACCGAAGCUGUAAGCAAUACCUGAAGAAUAUGUAAUAAAAUAAGCAAAACAUUUACAGAAUAACAGAAUACAUACACACACACAUGCCAAUGGAUUACUUUGUAAAAUGUUAUAACGAGAGAAAAUGUAAAUAAGCAUUGACUUUAUUGAUUUUUGAAACGCUUUUUUUUCUACGCAAAUAAAGCGAAUAAUAUUAUUUUUUAAGCGGGUAUUUAAUUUUUGUCAAAAAUUUACUAAUUUCAUAGCAAACGAGCAGCGUUUUGGAGCCAAGCAACAUUUAGAUGAUGCGACAUUUCUGAGUGCUUAAAAUUUUUUUAUAUUGUUCUUAGAGAAAAUGACGUUGAAAAUAGUGAACUGAGUAAAGUCAAAAAAUUCUUGAGUUAUAUAUAAAAAAACGCAAAUAGUUGUGCUUUAUAAGACUUGAAACCGUCUGCUUGAUUUUCCAUUAAACUCAAUUUUGCUACCGAUAAAUUUGACUAUAAAGUAUAUACUUUUCGUUUUAUAACCAAAAAUUUUAAUAUCUAUAACGGAGAUUUAAAAAUUUGCUUUUAAGUACAAAAAUUAACCUUUUAAUAACUAUUAACAGCUUAUGAAGGGAAUCGAUUGGUCAAACUAGCAAAAAAUUAGUUUCAAUGAAAACAAAAAAAAAAUUAUUGUCAACUAUCGAGAUAAUUAUUGCUCUAAGUUGCUUCGAAAUUAAUUGUUUGCUUAAUUGAAUUCGAUAAAGCCGCAAUAUUUGCUAAUAAUCAAUUAACGAUUAUUAACUUUAAAAAUAAUUUUUUCCAAAACGCGUUUGCAUUAUACAAAAUUCAACACACCCAUACACCAACAUUUUUUUUACCACAAAACGACAGCUGUUUUGAACAAUAUAUACAUACAUAUGUAUAUAUUUUCAUUUAAAUUGAUUUUUUCAACAACUUUGCCGCUUAACGAAGCUGUCGUUUGCAACUGUAAUACUACAACUCGUAUUUAGACGAAAUGGACAAUCAAAGCGGAUUCACAUUUUUGACAAGUUUUGCAUCGACCCAAACAAAUACUACUAAUAAUCAGCUAAUGCGUUAUAUUUGUGCAAAUCCAAGGCAUUAUUUGAAAGUGAACUUCUUUUUGGCUUGCUAAUUCGCAGCUCUAUGCUUUGUGCUACACAUUUCGCUUGCUAAAAAAGAUACAAAAUUAAUCAAUAAUAAAUUAGGUAAUAAAUUGAAGUAAUCUAUCGAAUUAGCUGUUAUCCUUCCAUUUAGGCAAAUAAUAAAUUAAUCUAAUGAAAGCAAAAACCAACAAAACGAAAUUGAAUUGAAAAUUCUUCCAAAAAUGUGUGUGUCUAAGCUACUUAGGAAACUGUUAAACUAAACGAGUUCUAAAUAAGUGAAAUAACUAAAUAUUACUAAAUUAUAACAGAAAAAUAUCUGCUCUACAUAUGUAUAGUAUAUGUAUGUGUUUAAGAAUCUAACUAACUUUAUGUGUAUGUGUCUUAUUGUAUAUAAUUGAUAAUGCGGCAUUAUGGAUCACCAUGCAAGUUUUCAAUAUGGCCUUACAGCAUACUACUUAUUCGCCACAAGCGUCAGAUCUUUUAGAGUUCUUACGAACCUUUAACAAAUUUUCUCUACUGACUAUAUUUAAAUCUAUUUAGACAAGUGGCUUCUUUGCAAGGUGAUUUCCAUAGGCUGCAUAUUGAGUGUUAGUUUCAAGCAAGUGUUUGUAAUUGCUUUCAUGUAACUUGAAAAUGAUGGAAGCUGCAUGAAAGCUCUUGCAAAUACUUCACCUGAUAAACGAAGGUACUAUUACUACUACUACUGCGUAAUUAUCUAUUAAAUGUAAGCAAGUGCUAAAAACUAAAAAGCUAAAUACGAAAAAACUGAAUAAUUUAACGUCCUAUAUUUGUAUAGCGGAACGAAUAUCCUUCCAAGAAACUUAUGCGUGUAUUUAUGUAGCGAAAUACGACUUAAAAUUUACUAUUUAUACAUUUACUCGUAAAACUUAUUUCUUACUUUCUUGUUUGAUAAUAUUUCUGCUGGUACUUUUUAUGAAAGCAAGAUUCUGCUUACUUUAUACAUAUGUAUUUCAUAAAAAAUUUACGUAUUUAAAAUUGUGAAUUUACAUAUUUAUUGGCAGAGUGUAUGUAUACGUAUAUUUGAGCGAAAAUAAUUUUUAAAAAACUAUUUUUUUUUAUUGAAAUUUUUUACCUUUAAAUAUCGUUUUUUUCUUUACAAUGAAUCAGGGUUAAAUAAUUAAGAAAUUAUUAUUUAAAAAACAAGCAUUUCUGAAAAGAAGUAAGUAAGUUAGUAAGGCUUGAAACUGAAAAGUUAAUAAAGCGUACGGUUGAAAAUAUUGUUUGACUACUUUUGUUACUUGUUUAUGCUUUUUUCAAAGUAAAUUGCUAAAAUCAACUCAAUAUUAUAGUUUUUAAACAUUUCAGCAAAUGUCUCAGCCGAUUUCAUUGAUAACACAAUAUCGAUAUUACUUGUCAAAGAAUCGAUUCUUUUUUCUUAUAAAGCAACAUUUCGGGAAAACAGUUUUAGGUUACAUUUUUAACUAAAAUCUUCUUUUCCUUUUAAUAGUUUUUUUGAAUAGUUUUAUGUAUUACAAAAAUAAUUUUUUGUAGAAACAACAUAAAUGAGUACACAACAAUUUUGGUGAACUAAAAUGGUUUUUGAUGUGUAUACUAUGUACUGAAGCAACAAAAAAAAUUAUAAAUAAUAACAAAAAAUAAAUAAUUUAAGUGUAAUUUUAAAUUUACAAAAACAUAAAAAAAAAAUUAAAUUUAGCUACUUUGUAAAUGUGUAUUUUAUAGUUACGAAAAAUUAAUUUCUAACAUAAAUUUGCUGAGUUUUAAGUUCGAUUACUGUGAUCUCCAUAUGCUUUUUGCGUUUUACUUGAAAUUACUUUAAAAACAAUACUUUUAAUAAAAUUUGCAAAUCAAAAUGUACCUUAGACCAAGUAAGAAUAAGUUAAUAAUAAAAUUAAUUAAAUCAAAUUUAAAUGAAUUAAAGUAAUAUGUCCACGCAUACAAACAUACUCAGUAUAAGUAAUUAGUUUAAAACAUUUUUUGAAAAUAAUAUAUUUGUAUAAUAUAUUAAAUGCAUAAUUUAAUAUAGAAAAUACCAACAAGACAAGUUAAAAAUAAAGCAUAAAGAAAAAUAUAAAAACUUAAAUAAAUAAAUAUUUUUCAAUUGCGAAAAAUCAGUUUUAGAAAUUGGUAAUUUAAAAGUAAUAAUUUAUAAGCAUAUUAAUAAACCUUAAUAAUAAUUAUUUACUUAUUAUUUAGUCUGAGUUGUUGAGUUGUUCCACAAAGAAAUCAAAGCAGUAAUAUUUAAUAGCAUAACUGAUUUAUAUAAACCAGCAAAUCUUAAA